AUGAGCUCUGUAUCACUGUGUUAUUCUAACCUCACCGAAAGGACAGAGAGAAAGGAAAACACAUCAAUAAUUGAGCCCAAAUCAGUUUAGUGACCCUCCAUCUCUCUCUGCCCUCAGUCUGAUGAAGUCAGUGCCUUCAACUGGACUCUUCCAGGAACCUGUGGAUCAGCGAAAUGUAAAAGCCCAACUCAAACAACGAGCGAAGGAGAUCACAGGUGUUUUAUAGGUUCAGGAUAAUUUCAUUUUUGUUUCUGUAAUAUUUUUGGGAGUAAAGACGCUGCUGGACCCAGGAUCAUCAUGAUACCAUGGUGGCCGAACUGCUAGUGCUGGCGUUUCUACAUCUAACAACCAGUCCAUUCAUCUCUUCUGUGCAUGUGUAUCCUGUCCCAACUGCAGGUGUGGAGAUCAAUCAGGGCUGGGAGGUGAUUUAUCGUGACACCAAUGUGUUUGGAGUGGUUGGAAAAGCUGUGAUCCUGGAGUGUGGAACCACCCUACCUGAUUUGUAUAUAUGGAGCUUCACCAAGCCCGGCACUGAAGCCAUCAAGGCAGUGGUGUACAACUUGGGGAAAGGACCGGUGAUCCAAAAGUUGGCUGAAACGCUCGGACAGCUGACGGUCAUCUCAAACAGUGCAGCUGUGAGCAUCGAGAAACUUCCUCUGGCUGCACAGGGCCUGUUUACCUGCCAGGCUUUCUAUAACAUCAACGUGGACCCUAAAGUCUACUACUACUACGUCCACCUUACCGUUAGAGUCCCAGUCACUAAGCCAUACCUUUUGCUAAGUGAUGCUUCUCCAGUGGAAGGAUCCACCAUGUGGAUGCGAUGCGGUUUGGAUAACGGAACUGAGCCAAUCCGGUAUGUGUGGCAAUAUGAAAACCGAACUGGGAACGUCACGACCUUUGCUCAGAGCAGCAGCAACAUCAUCAACAUCACCAACGUUAACAGGACCAACACUGGAUGGUACCGAUGUGUGGCCAGCAACGACGUCAACAGUGAGACCUCAAGUCGAUUGUGGCUGGACACCAUCUUUGGUCCAGACAUUCCUCAGAUAGAGGUGACUCCGUACAGUUUGACGGAACGUGGAUACUCAGCUCUGGAACGAGAAACUGUCUCACUGAUGUGUCAAGCCCAAUCCAAUCCAGUCAGUCAGUACGUCUGGUUCUACAACAACUCACAGGUGUACGCCGGGCCACAGUACACCAUCACCAAGAUCCUUCGUAUGCACACUGGAGACUAUGCCUGCUUAGCUCAGAACACCUACCUGAACACCCGCUCCAAAAAAACCAUCAGCCUGACUGUCUACUACCCCCCUGAUGGAUCCCCCUCCUGCUCUGUGGAGGCAGCUCUGAACCACACCUUUCUUAGACUGGUCUGCUCCUGGCCCGGUGGAUUUCCUUCUCCUUCCCUCCUUUGGACCGGAGACCUGAUGCAAGCAGGACAGCAAACAAGUCUACAGAGUAGCUCCGCUGUCGUCCUGUUGUCUUCUAAGAGCCUGACUUCAUACGGCAGCUUGUUUACAUGUGUGGGCUCUCAUCUUGUGCUGAAACAACAGACAGAGUGCAGCACUCGCUCAUAUGUCCCUCCAGCAGAGCCAGUGUGUUUUGCCUAUGCGACCAACAAUCAGCAGUAUCUGAUGCUGUCCUGCACCUGGGAUGGAGGGGCCCCUAAAGCCUUAGUGUGGUGGGAGGGACCAGGGGGUCAGAAUCAAGGAGGACAGGAAAACUCCAACAUCCUGGUGCUUCGCUAUGGCACCGCUCGCAGUGGGAAUCCUUACACCUGCUAUGCUAAACACCCACUUCUGCUUCAACCAAAGACCUGCAGCCUCACACUGGAAGCUCCUGUGUUGCUGACACAGCGCAGAGUCGUGUCCGUGUUUGAGGGCAGUGAUGUGCAGCUCACCUGCAGCCUGAGAGACAACUAUCUUCCUGUCAAUGAAAUCACCUGGUUUAACAAUCAGGGUGUCAGUGUCCAAGACAGGUCCAAGUACCUGCUGCUGCGGACAUCUGCGUGGGCUAACCUGACCGUGAAGGACACAGACGUGAUGCAGGACAGCGGCGAGUAUAGAUGCUCCACUUCAAAUGCCGUGGGAGGAGCAGACAUCAACGUCACUUUGGUGGUCAAGAAAUACCCCAUGCCCCCUAACGUAACCCUGGUCAGAGUGAUGUACAACAGCCAACAGCGUAACGAGGUGGACCUGGAGUGGACGGUAGAAAGUCAGGGAGAUGGAGGUUGGACAGGUUUCUUUUUGGAACAUCGAUGGAUGUCAGAGAAGCCAAAUAAAAGAACAAGAAGCAAUGACUCCCAAGUGCUGAGAGAGGAGAGGGCUUCCUCCCAGGACUGGUACAUCAACAUCAUCCAGGAUCCAGAUGCCAGGAUUUACACGGUACGAGGACUGACUCCAACCGUCACCUACCAGUUCAGAGUCACGCCUGUGAACUACCGCACCAUCGGAUAUCCUUCUGCAGCAAAGACUCCAGCGGAACCACGCUCCAGUAUGUACCCCGCGGUGAUUGGAGCUGCUAUAGGCGGGAUGCUCUUUGCAGCCUUCCUUACAUUGCUGCUCCUCGUGUUCAUAAUCCGAAACCGUCACAACAACCCCCGACUACAUGACAUGCUCUUUGGAUUGCAGCACAGCCAGUCAAGAGAGAACAUUAACUUUCCAGAGGAUGAAAUGAUUAGAGAGGCAGGUCUAGAGGAAAUCGGUGGAUCACCUAGUCCAGGUCCAACUGUGACUAUACCCCGAGCUGCCUCACCCCUGAGUGCCACUCCCAGUCCCGCCACCCCUACCAUCAGCCAUUCCCCUCCCCCUGGAGAUGACAAUGAACCAGUCAGUGUCACCAUCACAGUCAAAGCUACAGGCUCCUAAAACUAAACUAGAUGCCUUAGGCAGAAUCUGAAUCAUAGAAAGUUAUAGAAAAUUAUUUAUAAACUUUCUUUAUUAAACAUAUUUCCAUGUAAUUUAGUCAUAAAAAGCAUAAAUGACUCAAGUCAGUUUUUUUUGUAUGAAUCAUAUAAUUUAGCUUGCAACAGGUUUCACCAAGCUGUACUCAUUUAUCUCUGAGACUU